AUGAAGAAGUUGAAUGUGAUCUACUUAUUGUGGUUCUCUGCUGCCGUCAUCGGACAAAAUGGGAAUGAAGACCUUGGUAACCAAAUGCUCAGCCACAUUGCGAAGACGCAGCUUACUAAUUGUCAUGUGGUAAUGCUUAUCCCGAAACAGCAUCAAUUGUCCAUGCAGUCUCUCGUUGGAAGUCAAAUAUCAAAAGGAAUGGUGAUGAUGACGAAUUCGGUGGACGAAAAACUAUUUUUCAAAGCUUUGUAUGGGGACUUGAUGUCUGCAUGCAGAGGACUUAUCCUUCAUAUUGGGAAAAAAAUGAAAAUAGUCUCCGAAAUGCUCAGAUUACUGGAACGAGCGGGGCUUUGGAAGUUUCCGCAUGCGCGCGUGACGAUAAUUGGAAGAAAAACAACAAUGAGAACCGUCUUCCUUCACUCCACCUUUCGAAACACCGUUCAUGCAGUCUACCUCGCUAUUCACGAUCACAGCAGUCCCAAAAUUACAACACUUCCGCAAAACAUAAAACUUCAUGCGAUUGAAAAAGCAACAGAAGUGACUGUGUAUCGUCGAUGUCUGCACUGCAACAACAGUGAAAUAGGAUUCCAUUUUAUUGGUCGUUCACGUGUCUCUUCAGAGAGUUGGCAAGAUGAUGUUUAUCUUCCUUAUGAUGAACAGUUUCACUCACUCAACGGUCAACGUCUAAAAAUUGUAUCUAUUAAAUUUUUCCCAUUCAUCGACUAUGAAAGAGACACCAAUACCCCGGGCACAACAGUAACUCCAAGAUUUUCCAUUGAUGCUUACCUUAUUUCUACGUUUGAGAAGAAGCUAAAUUUCAGUUAUAAUAUCUGGGAAGAAAUAGCACAAUCUUGGGGAAGAAUAGAAAAUGGCAGCUUUACAGGAAUGAUGGGCCAGCUACAGCGAGAGGAUGCAGAUUUUGGGACUAUGUCUGGACCAACUCCCGACCGUUUUCGUGUAAUGGAUCACGUGAGAGCCUACCCUUCUGAUCCAGUAACGGUCAUUUCAUUGAAGCCUUCUCUUCUUCCACAACACCUGGCUAUUAUAAGACCUUUUGCAGGUUUUAGACACUGUUUCUUAAAUCAAUACUGA